AUGGCAGAAUUACAUUCAGAAUCUAGAAAGAAUGAAGAAGAUAAAGAUAAAACUGGUGAAAUUUUUGUAAACAAAACUAUAGAAGAAGUUUCAAAAGCAAGUGAAGUAGUAAAUUUCAUAACCAUCCCUAUAAACAAAUUCUUACCUUUAUUUGGUGAUAUUAUCACGAUCGUAAAAGAAAUAAUUGAUAUGUAUAAUACCGCUGAAACAAAUAAAAGAAUUUGUGGUGUACUCCUUGAUAGAGUUCAAGCUGCGGAAGCCGCAGUAAACAAUUUAGAGAUUCGUAAAAAAGAACGUCCUGAAUUUUUCACUGAACAAAAUAUUGUUAUUUUACGAAAAUUGGUAAACGUUAUAAGAAAAAUUGGUGAUUUCAUUAAAGAAAUACGCGAACUUAAAGGAUUAUGGAAAUAUCUUACAUGUAAGAACGUUGCUGAAACAUUUAAAUCGCUUACUGCUGAAUUCGAUGGUUACAUGUCUAGUUUGAGUUUCGCGAUUACUAUCGAGUUAAAAUUACAAGGUGAAAGGGACAGAGCCGCUUUGUCUAAAGACGUACAAGAAACAAAUCAGGUUUAA